GCCUGUGUGUGUGUGUGUGUGUUGAAUGUCUCUGCAUGAAUUAGGAUUAAAACUUUUAUUGUAGAUAUACUUCUUCAGUUCAAAUAACUGCACAUUGCAGAUGUGUACAGUAACGUGUGUGUGUGUGUGUGUGUGUGUGUGUAAAGAAUGAUUCAGGCAUUGAAAGGUGUCAGACAUUUGGCCAUGGCAACAAUGAAGCAAUCUGUGACAGUGUCUGAGUUCAGGAUGCCCGUGCCAUGGGGUGAAAUGAGAGGCCGCGUCUGGGGUCCUGAUCAUGGACGUCCUGUCCUCUGUUUGCACGGCUGGUCCGACAACAGCGGCUCCUUUAACAGUCUUAUCCCACUGUUACCUUCUGGUGCCAAAACUUUAUACAUCACAUAAUCACAAUUCCGUUUAUAAUUGGAGGUGUGUGGCGGUAGAUUUGCCUGGUCAUGGCUUCUCCUCUCACAGACCCGCAGGAACUUUUUACAUGUUUCCCAAUUAUAUCUCAGACAUACGACGUGUCAUUGAUGCUCUACAGUGGAAACGCUUUUCCAUAAUUGGCCACAGCAUGGGAGGAAAUAUAGGUGGAAUGCUGUGUGCUUUGUAUCCAGACAUGGUGGAGGCUUUAGUGCUCAUGGACUCCUAUGGAUUUCUCCCAAUAGAUGUGAAAAGAAUAGGGCUUAUCAUGACCAGAGGGAUUGAAGAAAUGAUAGAGUAUGAAAAAAAAUUGGCAGACAGAAAAGAAAGGAUCUACACCUAUGAGGCAGCCAAAGAGCGAUUGAAGGCAGCGAACAAGUUUCUCUCAGACAAGUCAGUAGAGAUUCUUCUAGAACGAGGAGUCCGGGAGGUAGAUGGAGGGCUGGUGUUCACCAGAGACCUCAGAAUAAACCUGACUAACAUUGUGAGGAAUACAUUAGAGCAGUGUCUACAGUUGCAGUCACAGAUAAACACUAAGGUGUUAGUGCUGCGAGCGAUGGAUGGUCUGCAGAAGACCUUCCCUCAACCAGAGGAGUUAGCUGUUCCCUUAUUAAAAGGCUGGUCAAAUCAAAGAAACACCAUCUUAACAGUGGAAGGAGAUCAUCAUGUGCAUUUGAACAACCCCGAGCGUGUGGCCCCCCUCAUCACUGACUUCCUGCUGUCUCAGAAAUCUCAACAACCUCCCAAUAAAUCCAAUGUUAAUCAGGCUCCUAAAUUAUAAAAUCCCAUCCCCCCCACAUAUGGAUUGUAUGGAUGUUCAAUCAAGGAGAUAUUCUACAAGUUUGUGUGGCAGCCUGAGACCAUGCUUCACUUUGUUUAUAUUUUCUACUAUAUAUGCUUCUUUAAUGCACAUAGUUUAUAGAACUAAACUAUGAACUAAGUUUUAAGUUCAUAGAACAAAAAUAUGUACUUAAUGUAAAAUUAUUGAACAAGAACAAUUGUAGCAUUUACAAAUCUGAUCUCCAAAAGUGAAGACGGAAAAAAUGCAUUUAAAGAACAAAACAUUAAAAAUCCUAUUAAAUGUGGUGCAGGAGCAUCACAGACACUUUAACAGCUACAGUAGUAACUAAAUACAAACUAGACAGAUUAUGCUCAUUUACAUUUCCUUAAAGCACUUACUGUAGCUAUACAUAUUCUACUGUAUUAGGUAACAUACACAUGAUUUUCUUUGCCCCAAAAUUUCCCUCCCUUUCUUUUAGUAAUUUACAUUUAAUACAUUUUGCAGACAUCUAGAGCGACACAUGUAUAUUAUUAUGCAUAUGAGCAAGUGAGGGUUAAGCACUUUGUCUAAUGGCCCAGAGGUAGCAACAUCAUGGAUCCCUUAUGAUCAGUUGUCCAACAAUCUAACCGUAUUGCCACUUAGUCAUCCCAAUAAAGAAAGUUUCUCCUCGGUGCUAACGCUUCAAGAAGAGAGAUAAAUUAAACUAUUUGCACAUUAAUUAAUCUCACAAUAUUUGACUGAGACAUUGGUUGAAA